AUGACAUGCAACUGUGAGAUAAGAUGGCUUCAUUCAGCACUCACAGCCCAAAUAGAGUACUUUGAGAAUAUGAAUAUAACUGGCGCUGAAUGUAGGAAAAACGGAACUUUCCAAUUGAUAAAGAACUCCCAAAGAAGCGAUUUCACGUGUAACGGAGUAAAGAAGUGUAUACUGUGCAACCAGUGCGUGGCUACAUUACUUUGGGCACUGCAGGAAAAACACUUACAUGGCAUACACCGUGAUAUGAGUAUAUGUUUGAGCAAAUCAAGAUAUUGCUAUACGUGUGAGAAUCGACAUACAUUUGGAGAAUGUACCAUCAAUACAACACAAUGUACAAAUAAUCAAAGAAGUUGCUUUACUAACAUCAGUGUGAGUGGCAAUCAGUACAGCGUCAGCAAAGGAUGUUCAGAUGCUACUGAAAAACAAUGUGAUGCAUGUGAACGUACUUGUGUGUGUAGGAAAUCACACUGUAAUGCAUUUCUACCGUUAGAAAUUAACAUCCCAGAGAACAUUGAAUGCCCACACUGUGUAACUUCGUAUGCCAACGUUGAUAUUCAGUGGGGGCCUACACCAGCAGGUACAACGGCUGAAGUGAAAUGUCCCUUCGUAUCGCCCAAGACUGGGUUAACGGUCACAAGAAAAUGUAAUAGUAAUGGUGAAUGGGGAAAACAAGAUACGAGCAAAUGUGAUGUUGUUACCACAACUCCCGCAACCCAUAGUUUGGACAAACUAGUCACAAUGUCAACAACUGUGCAGAACGCCCCUGCGAUUGCCAAACAGUUAUGCGAUUUAACGUCUACUGCCGAGUACUUUGCUGCAGUAGAUGUUUAUCUCGCGGUGAAUGUGAUUGACAAUCUACUAUAUAACAGUAAAACGAGCACUACAAACAUUGAAGUUUCCACCGAUCUUUUGAAGAGUGUUGAUAAUCUGUAUGAUGUCAGACAGGAUGUGUUGGUUGCAAGUCAAAUAGAUGGGGGCACUGCAUCAAGACUGAUUAAAGCUAUCGACCAAUUAGCGUUGAAUGUAGAAUUACAAAAUGAGACAGCGAGAAUAGAAACAGAAAACUUUAUAAUAUUUAUAGUUAAUCUAAACACCAGUUUAUACAGCGGUAUAUCAUUCAGCGUAUCAGAUAAUGAUCAGACAAAUCUUGAUAUUGACAUGAGUCAAUUGUCAUCAGUGAAUAAUAUGAAAUCAUCGAUUCAGUUGCCAUCGUCUUUAUUAGAUGGACACAGUUUUCAAGAUGGAUCGUCUAGAGCACAGUUUAUAUCAUAUAAAUCCAGUUUAUUUUUCAAGGCUGUAGGUGCAGCGUUGCCUGGCGAUGCGAUCCCGACAUCGAACCAUGUGACAUCUGACCAGGACGUCAGUAAUAAUACCAUAUAUGGAAUACUGAAUAGUCCAGUCAUUGGUGCAAGCAUUGAAGAUCUAAUUAUUAGUGACUUAAGGGAGCCUGUUAAGGUCAACUUUACAUGGCAAAGUGAAAAUCUUGUCAAUCCCCAAUGUGUUUACUGGAACUAUUCCCUCAACGAUGAUGUUGGAGGGUGGUCUACAGACGGAUGUAAUGUAUCAGGUCAAAGUUCACAUAAUGUUACCACCUGUGAAUGUGAUCACCUGACUAACUUCGCAUUACUUAUGGAUGUUUAUGGAACCGCGUCUGAAUUUGAUGAAGGUCACCAGAAGGCGUUGUCCAUUGUAUCUUACAUCGGAUGUGGUAUAUCUCUGUUGUGUAUGCUUCUGACUCUGAUCACAUUUCUCGCAUUCAGGCGCCUGAGAAAAGACAACCCAACUAAGAUACUUAUGAAUUUGUGUUUUGCCAUUUUCAUGUCAUUGUUAUUAUUUUUGGCCGUUUCAUUUUCUUUGGAUUUUGCACCAAUCAUACCCGAGCUUUGUACUACCAUGGCUGUUUUAUUACACUAUUUCUUAUUGGCUGUCGUGAUGUGGAUGGCACUAGAAGCAUUCAAUAUGUAUUUACAACUGGUGAAAAUAUUCAAGACAUAUAUCAGACACUUCAUGUUGAAGUUCUGUCUGAUUGGAUGGGGUAUACCCGUAGUUAUCAUCGCGAUCACUCUGACAAUUGAUAUUGAUAACUACGGUUACCAUAACAACAUAUGUUGGCUAUCCAGAUACGCCUUCUUUGCUGCGUUCUUGGCUCCAGUCUGUCUAGUACUCAUCUUCAAUACAGUGAUAUAUAUCCUUGUUGUUCACCAAAUAUGCAGUCUUAAUUCUAAAAAGAUGUCUACAUCAGAUCGAUAUGGUAAAGCAGCACAACUUCGUGGAUCUGUCAGUUUAUUUGUACUGCUUGGUAUCACCUGGGCUUUGGCGAUACUGGCAAUCAGUGAGAUUCGGCCUCAACAACUGCAAAAAAAUAUCUUCAUCAAGAUACAGAACACUUGCCGCAAAAUCGUUGCUAUGACAACACAGCAUCAAGUCAUUUGUGAAAAUAAGAUGACCGAAUACCUUACAAAUAUUGUAUUUCCAUGCUGCAUUACGGAAAACAGGGGAAGAGAAAUCGAAAUGAUUCGUCUACAUCUAAUUGUUAUUAUAUCAUUUAUACACACAUUUACAAUCACUGAAGGUAUCUGUCAUAAUACACCGACCAACCAAGAUGAAUCACAUCAUCGCAGUAGCAUUGCUGAGGGAAUAUUUCCCACACAGCAACAUGUACCUAAGUGUACUUGUAAUGUAUCAAAACCAUAUGAACUACACGUGAAUUGUAGCGGUCAAGAAUUAAGGAAAUUUCCUUCUAAUAUACCUAUUGAUACUACCAUAUUAGAUUUGGUAAAUAAUAAUAUAACAGGGAUAAACUUUACUGAUAUUUUUCGGCUGAAAAAUCUAACGGAGCUACUCUUAGCCGGUAACCCACUGACGUGCGACUGUGAGCUUAGAUGGUUGUACUUGGCACUCACAACUCGAAUUGCGUAUUUUGAGAAAUUGAAUAUAACUGGCGCUGAAUGUAUGAAACAAAGAAACGGGAACGAGAAUGGAAAUGGAAACGGAAAUAUAGACGAACAUGGAAACGGGAACGAGAAUGGAAAUGGAAACGGAAAUAUAGACGAACAUGGAAACGGGAAUGAAAAGGAAAACGGAGAUGGAAACGUGAAUGAAAACGAUAACGGACAUGGUAACGAAAAUGAAAACGAAAACGGAAAUGGAAACGAGAAUGAAAACGAAAACGAAAAUAUAGAUAACAAUGGAAAUGGAAAAGAAAACGGAAACGAAAAUAGAAAUGGUAACGGAAAUGUAAACGGAAACCAAAAUAGGAAUGAUAAUGGAAACAAAAACAAUGCCAUGCCGAUACAGAACUUCGAGAUUAAAGAUUUUACUUGCAAUGGUCCUUCGAAAAUGUGUUACACGUGCAAAAAUCAACAUAAAUUUGGAGAAUGCUCUAUCAAUACCGAAGAUUGUGCAAUGGGAAAAAGAUGCUUCACUCGCAUCAGUUGGAUUGGUAAUCAGUACAGCGUUAGUAAAGGAUGUACAGAUAUGCCUACAACACAAUGUGAUGAUUGCAAGAGUAGUGAUGAUCUGUUUUUACCAAGGAACUGUACCUAUGUAUGUGGAUCAUCACACUGUAAUGCAUUUCUACCAUCAGAAUUUAUACAAUGGAAUAUGUGUCCUCACAGUAUAACUUGUUAUGACAAUGUUGAUAUUCAGUGGAGGCCUACACCAGCUGGCGAAGAGGCUGAAGUGAAAUGUCCAUUCGUAUCGCCCAGGACUGGGUUAAUGGUCACAAGAAAAUGCGAUAGUGAUGGAAUAUGGGAACAACCAGAUACUAGUCUAUGUACCGGUGUUACCAUAACCCCUGCUACACAUCAAUUGGAUAAUCUAGCCAAAACAACAACUAAUGCACAAAAUGCUCCUGGGAUUGCCAAAAAAUUAUCCAACCUAACGUCCGCCGCCGAGUACUUUGCUGCAGUAGAUGUGUAUUUAACGGUAGAUGUUAUUGACAAUUUACUAAACGCUAAUUACACUAACACGACAAGUAUUGAAGUUGCCAACAAUGUACUUAAAAGCGUUGAUAAUUUAUUUAACGUUGAACGGGAUGUGCUGGUUGCAAGUCAAAAGAAUGGGCAAACCGCAUCAAGAUUGAUCAAAAUAAUCGACCAAUUAGCGAUGGCUGUGGAAACACAAAAUGAAACACGGGAAGUAGAAACAGAUAAUUUUGUGAUAUCUAUAGUUAAUCUAAACACCAGUGCCUAUACCGGUAUAUCGUUCAGUGUAUCAGAUAAUGAUCAGAAUAACUUUGAUAAUGACUAUAGUUCAUCAGAGCUUAAUACCAAAUCAUCGAUUCAGCUGCCAUCGUCUUUAUUUGAUGGACACAGAUUUCAAGAUGGAUCGUCUAGAGCACAGUUUAUAUCAUAUAAAUCAAAUAUAUUUUUCAAGGCUGUAGGCGCAGCGUUGUCUGACGAUGUCAACCAGACAUUGAAUAAUGUGACAUCUGACUAUGACAUCAACAAUGAUACCAUAUAUGGAGUACUGAAUAGUGCAGUCAUUGGAGCAAGCAUUGGAGACCUAAUCAUCAGUGACUUAGGGGAGCCUAUUAAAAUCAACCUAACAUGGCAAAGAGGAAAUCUUGUCAAUCCACAAUGUGUGUAUUGGGACUAUUCUCUCAAUGAUGAUGUUGGAGGGUGGUCUACAGAUGGAUGUAAUGUAUCAGGUCAAAGUUCAAAUAAUGUCACCACCUGUGAAUGUGAUCACCUGACUAACUUCGCAUUACUUAUGGAUGUUUAUGGAACCGCAUCUGAAUUUGAUGAAGGUCACCAGAAGGCGUUGUCUAUCGUAUCUUACAUCGGAUGUGGUAUAUCUCUGUUGUGUAUGCUUCUGACUCUGAUCACAUUUCUCGCAUUCAGGCGCCUGAGAAAAGACAACCCAACCAAGAUACUUAUGAAUUUGUGUUUUGCAAUUUUCAUGUCACUAUUAUUAUUUUUGGCCGUUUCAUUUUCUGUGGAUUUUGCACCAAUCAUACCCGAGCUUUGUACUACCAUGGCUGUAUUGUUACACUAUUUCUUAUUGGCUGUUAUGACAUGGAUGGCACUAGAAGCAUUCAAUAUGUAUCUAUUAUUGGUGAAAAUAUUCAAGACAUAUAUCAGACACUUCAUGAUAAAGUUGGGUCUAAUUGGAUGGGGUACUCCGGUGGUUAUCGUUGCAAUCACUCUUGUAAUUGAUAUUGAUAACUACGGUUACCAUAACAACAUAUGUUGGCUAUCCAGAUACGCCUUCUUUGCUGCGUUCUUGGCUCCAGUCUGUCUAGUACUCAUCUUCAAUACAGUGAUAUAUAUCCUUGUUGUUCAUCAAAUAUGCAGCCUUAAUUCUAAAAAUAUGUCUACAUCAGAUCGAUAUGGCAAAGCAGCACAACUUCGUGGAUCUGUCAGUUUAUUUGUACUGCUUGGUAUCACCUGGGCUUUGGCGAUACUGGCAAUCAGUGAGGCUGGUUUAAUCGUCAAUUAUUUGUUUGCGAUUGCCAAUACUCUUCAAGGAUUAUUUAUAUUUAUAUUUUUCUGCGCUUUGAAGAAGGAUGUCCAAAACCAGUGGAGGGACACGUUCUGUUCAUCGUGUUGCCUUCGUGGUUCUGAAACUACAGAUUCGCCCUCAACGUCUGCAAAAAAAUAUCUUCCUCAUGGUGCAG